GGGCAGAGCGAGCUUAGAAGUAGGGGCUGAAGGGGACGCCGAGGUUGCCCCUUUAGGGAACAGGCAUCGCGCGCCACCCCCACCCUCCCCUCCCUCCUCCGCACACGCGGAAAGGAGGAUGAGGUGAGCAUGGGGCGGCAGGGCGACAGGCAGGGGAGGUCGGCUGUGGAACUCUGAGCUGGCUCCGUGGGUAUCAGCGCAGAGCGCCUGCCUGUGUGAGUGUGAGGGGGAGAGGGAGCGAGCAGGGAGGGAGAGAGAGGCAGGCUGUGCGAGAGGAGAGGAGAGGAGAGGCAGGAGGAGAGGGGGAGCGCUCCAGCUAGCAUGAGGACGGGCUCCUCCGUCCGCGCUCAGUUAAUCUGCCUGUCAGUUGGUGUUAACGCUGCAGUUUAAGUGCUCGGAUUCCAAGGGAGACAAACCUCGCAGAAGGAAGGCAGAGAGGAAGGAAAGAAGGAAGGAACCGCUGGAGGAAAAGAAGAGGCAGAACAGUGAGAGGAAGAAAGGAAGGGGGCGAAACACCAAAUCUAUGAUUGGACCUGGGCUUUUUUCUCGCCAAUGCAAAAAGGAAUAUGCAGCACAUUUUUGCCUUCUUCUGCACCGGUUUCCUAGGCGCGGUAGUAGGUGCCAAUUUCCCCAACAAUAUCCAGAUCGGGGGACUCUUUCCAAACCAACAGUCACAGGAACAUGCCGCUUUUAGAUUCGCUUUGUCGCAACUCACAGAGCCCCCAAAGCUGCUCCCCCAGAUUGAUAUUGUGAACAUCAGCGACAGCUUUGAGAUGACCUAUAGAUUUUGUUCCCAGUUCUCCAAAGGAGUCUAUGCCAUCUUUGGGUUUUACGAACGAAGGACUGUCAACAUGCUGACCUCCUUCUGCGGGGCCCUCCAUGUAUGCUUCAUCACACCAAGCUUUCCUGUAGACACUUCCAAUCAAUUUGUCCUUCAGCUGCGCCCUGAACUUCAGGAUGCCCUCAUCAGCAUCAUCGACCACUACAAGUGGCAGAAAUUCGUCUACAUUUAUGAUGCUGACCGGGGUUUAUCCGUCCUGCAGAAAGUCCUGGACACAGCAGCAGAGAAGAACUGGCAGGUGACAGCAGUCAACAUUUUGACAACCACAGAGGAAGGAUACAGGAUGCUCUUUCAAGACCUGGAGAAGAAAAAGGAGCGGCUGGUGGUGGUGGACUGUGAAUCAGAACGCCUCAAUGCCAUCUUGGGCCAGAUUAUAAAGCUGGAGAAGAACAGUAUCGGCUACCACUACAUCCUUGCCAACCUGGGCUUCAUGGACAUUGACUUAAAUAAAUUCAAGGAGAGUGGAGCAAACGUGACUGGUUUCCAGCUGGUGAACUACACAGACACCGUCCCAGCCAAGAUCAUGCAGCAGUGGAAGACGAGCGAUGCCAGGGACCACACCAGGGUGGACUGGAAGAGACCCAAGUACACCUCUGCACUCACCUAUGAUGGGGUGAAGGUGAUGGCAGAGGCUUUCCAGAGCCUGCGGAGGCAGAGGAUUGAUAUCUCUCGCCGGGGGAAUGCUGGGGACUGUCUGGCAAACCCAGCUGUGCCUUGGGGUCAGGGGAUCGACAUCCAGAGAGCCCUACAGCAGGUGCGAUUUGAAGGUUUGACAGGAAACGUGCAGUUUAAUGAGAAAGGGCGCCGGACCAACUACACCCUCCAUGUGAUCGAAAUGAAACACGAUGGCAUCCGAAAGAUUGGCUACUGGAACGAAGAUGACAAAUUUGUCCCUGCAGCCACUGAUGCUCAAGCUGGAGGAGACAACUCCAGUGUUCAGAACAGAACAUACAUCGUCACCACUAUCCUAGAAGACCCUUACGUGAUGCUCAAGAAGAAUGCCAACCAGUUCGAGGGAAACGACCGCUAUGAGGGAUACUGUGUGGAGCUGGCAGCAGAAAUUGCCAAGCAUGUGGGCUACUCCUACCGCCUUGAGAUCGUCAGUGAUGGGAAAUAUGGAGCCCGAGAUCCUGACACAAAGGCCUGGAAUGGCAUGGUGGGAGAGCUGGUUUAUGGAAGAGCAGAUGUGGCCGUGGCCCCCUUAACCAUCACCUUGGUUCGGGAAGAGGUUAUAGACUUCUCCAAGCCAUUUAUGAGCUUGGGUAUCUCCAUCAUGAUAAAAAAGCCACAGAAGUCCAAGCCAGGAGUAUUUUCCUUCCUCGACCCUUUGGCUUAUGAGAUUUGGAUGUGCAUAGUUUUCGCCUACAUCGGAGUGAGUGUCGUCCUCUUCCUGGUCAGCCGCUUCAGCCCGUAUGAGUGGCACAGUGAAGAGUUUGAGGAAGGACGAGAUCAGACAACCAGCAGUGACCAGUCAAAUGAGUUUGGGAUAUUCAACAGCUUGUGGUUCUCCCUGGGAGCUUUCAUGCAGCAAGGAUGUGACAUAUCUCCCAGGUCCCUGUCUGGACGCAUCGUUGGUGGCGUCUGGUGGUUCUUCACCUUGAUUAUCAUCUCCUCCUAUACAGCCAAUCUGGCUGCCUUCCUGACUGUAGAGAGGAUGGUGUCUCCCAUCGAGAGUGCAGAGGACCUGGCAAAGCAGACAGAAAUCGCCUAUGGGACCCUAGAAGCAGGAUCUACUAAGGAGUUCUUCAGGAGAUCUAAAAUCGCUGUGUUUGAGAAGAUGUGGACAUACAUGAAGUCAGCAGAACCAUCAGUUUUUGUGCGGACCACAGAGGAGGGGAUGAUCCGAGUGAGGAAAUCCAAAGGCAAAUACGCCUACCUCCUAGAGUCCACCAUGAAUGAAUACAUUGAGCAGCGGAAACCCUGUGACACCAUGAAAGUGGGAGGUAACUUGGAUUCCAAAGGCUAUGGCAUUGCGACACCCAAGGGGUCCGCCCUGAGAAAUCCAGUAAACCUGGCAGUGUUAAAACUGAACGAGCAGGGGCUUUUGGACAAAUUGAAAAACAAAUGGUGGUACGACAAGGGCGAGUGCGGCAGCGGGGGAGGUGAUUCCAAGGACAAGACGAGUGCUCUGAGCCUCAGCAAUGUGGCAGGCGUGUUCUACAUCCUGAUCGGAGGACUUGGACUAGCUAUGCUGGUUGCCUUAAUCGAGUUCUGCUACAAAUCCCGUAGUGAAUCCAAGCGGAUGAAGGGUUUCUGUUUGAUCCCACAGCAAUCCAUCAACGAAGCCAUACGGACAUCGACCCUCCCCCGAAACAGCGGAGCAGCAGCCAGUGGCAGCGGCAGUGGAGAGAAUGGCCGGGUAGUCACGCAUGACUUCCCCAAGUCCAUGCAGUCCAUUCCCUGCAUGAGCCACAGUUCAGGGAUGCCCUUGGGAGCCACGGGAUUAUAACUGGAGCAGACGGAAAACCCGCGGGGAGCAGGCUCAGGCUCCCCCAGCCCCACCCCAAACCCUUCAGUGCCAAAAACAACGAAGUGAGACGCCACCACCACCAACCACCACAACCACAAGGAGGACAAUUCAACAGAUUUUCCUGGAGAAUUAAAAAAAAAAAAAAAAAAAACCACUUUCCUGUCCCUUUUCUUUUUUUGAUGUUCUUUCACCCCUCUAUGUUUGCUAAGCGAGGAUGAUCAAUAACAAUGUACUACAAUAAGAGGACAGUAAACCUGUCUAAUGAAGGCUGUGUCUGAAAAUGGAGUCACUAGAACACUAAUGAAGAAACCGGACCUUUUUCUUUUAAUUCAGUUGUUAAUGUGUCUUAGUGUGUGCAAUUUUUUUCAUACUAAUAUCCAUGGUUUGCAGGUUCUGUUAGGCCCCUUGCUUCUCCUUCCUUAUCCUUCCCAACUCCCACCCGCCCCUCUUCAGUUUUCAGAUUGAAGAUUCAAGAUUCAUUCCACCUUGCAAGCAAGAAAAGGAAAAUGGCAACCUUUAAAACUAAUUCACCCUGGGGCUGUCCGUGUUGCCCUCCACUCCUUGGCCCCAAACCUUGGAUGGAGACAGACACUGUUGGAGAAUUGGGCUGCUUUUCCCGGAUGGAUCACUGCUUAAGCAUCGAUUUAGUGAAGAACCCACUUGAAAAGCGACUCAGAACAGGGGUGGUGGAGAAAGUAAGGGCACAUAGGUGGUCAGAGGAGGACUCUUGAAGUUAUUGCUGCUCAGAAUAAGCUUCCUCUGAUGUGCAAGAGAUACCCCAUAGGCCAGAGAGGGUAUGGUGUAUUUCUUCACAGUCAACCUCAGCCCUGAGAAGUGUAUUCUGCUAUGUUCAUGCUCAAAGGCGCUGUGGCGGCUAAAAGUCAGUUGGUCUCCUGAAGCAAGCAGAGGCUCGGGAAGAGCUGACAGCCAGGGAGAUAUCACUCCUGAUUCUUGAUUUUCCUUUGCUUGACAAUGAGCAGGAACCCCCUUGUGAAGUAGACUCUCUUUCUCUGUGGAGCCUCUAAUGUAAGAGAAAUGCUAUGCAAGCAAACUGUGAAAGAAAGGCAAUGGAAGAAUUGUGGAAGAGGAUGCCUCAUCAAAGCCUAAAAGCAAUACAGCUUUCCAUGAUGUGCCCUGUCCUAGGUUUGGGAGCCCAAAUAUGAAGUUUUGGGUUGUGCUGAUGCAGAGAACUUGGGUUGUUAUGUGAACACGGAGUACUGUUGUACCAUGUGGUCAGCUAAUGUUCUGUCAUCUUUGGGAACAAAGAUGCCCAAGGCUGAAUUAUUUGAAAAGGGAUAGGGAAAUGGAUUGAAUUGAUAAGGACACUUGGAGACUCUGAUGUCCUUGACCACAACCUCUAACCCGCAGAGGCUGUUCUUCCUCUGGCUAAGAUAGAAUGAGGACAUUGCCUUUCGGCGAUCAGAAGGAACGCACCUGUGACUGCAAGUACAAAGCUAAAGUACAGCAAGACUAGAGAAGUGACCAGGUUCAUGGAGAAAAGCCCAGGCUGAAACUUUGAUUGGAAGUGGGAGUCCCUGGCACAGAGCUUUCUCGGAGACCCCAACUCUCAUUCUUGGUGCAAUUGGCUUCCAGCUCUCCAGCAGCCACUCUCCUAGGUGCAUGAUUUAGUGCGUGCCAUGUGUCAUUAGCUUUUAUUCAUAACCAUAAUCUGGCUUGUUCCCUGACCACCUCUAUCCAAUCUUCUCUGCUAGAGAUUACCAUUAGCGAGUGGAGAGCAAAAUGUUUUGGAGUCUACCUAGAGUUAGAUGCAGUAUGAUUGGCUUCCUCUGUGGAUUCUUUGAGUGAAUACCCACCAUCUCCAUGUCUCUCCUUUCCUCCUUUCAUCAACCACAGCAAAGGAUCAUUUUACAACCAACUCUUCACCCUUACAACCAAAAUGUUGUUCAGUUUUGUACAUGUUGAUGUGGGCGUGGUACAUGAAGCAGCACCCUCAAGAUGGAUUAUCACUUUUUGUUACUGCCAACUAGUGUCUUCCCAACCCUCUACUCUCACACCAGACUUUUCUCAGCCCUUAGCCUACCAGUGUAGAACCUAACAUGACCCACCAUUAGGGAGUCUGCAUUUUGGAAGAGUUGGAAAUAACCUCUACCAUCAACAUGCAUCAAAGACCUUUUGCCUUUGGCCUGGUAAGAGGCUCUCCAGUGCUGAGCCUACCAGCAACAUGAUCUGAUAGAGAGAGACUCUGCUGUGUUAGAAAUGAGGGUCUAUGCUAUUUGGGGGUCCAAGACUCUGGCAGAAGAUACUUUUCAUCAAUGGAUGGGUGAAGGGAAAACAAAAGCAAGAAAAAAGUUAACUUGUAUUAUGUAUUUUUACUACACUUUUCUUAAAAAUAGAGCAAUGGGAAAACUCUGAAAGAGAUUGACAUUUUUCUCAACAGGAAUCCAUACUUAACAGUUCUGGCUUUCAUUAAAUUUUGCUCUUUGGUACCUGGGCCUUUUAUUUAACACCUAUAUUUGUUUUAACUCCCUUGGCAGAAGUGUGAAAGGAUUCUUGCUUGAUCAAACACUAAAUAUUUUUUGGUUCCUGUUUUUCUUUCAAAUAGCCAGGGUUUUUUUUUUCUUUUGGUAUUUGCAUAAAAUGAAAAUAUCACCGAGAAUUAAAUCACUGUGGAUCCAUUAUCUACUUUCCA